GUGACUUUAAACAAACAGAUAUAUGGCCUUUAGUUUGAUGGCUSCUUUAAAACUUCGUCUGGCACAGUSUAAUUUUCUUCGCUCUGGUAUUGUCGUCGUUGUUAAAUACUUAUCCACUGUCAGGAUGGACGGCAUGGGUCUGGCGGUCAGUCGUUCAUCGCUCGAGCGCCUCGAGUUUGACAAUGUCGCACUCAAGAAACUUCCGUUGGAUACAUCAGAAGAGCCUGGUCCGCGAAGGGUGGAAGGAGCCUGUUUCUCCCGAGUAAAGCCGAAGCCAGUGGUCAAGCAUAGACAAGCUGACGGCAAGGCUCAGGGCUCCAGCAUCAGACAGUUUCUGUGCAGUGAGGCGGUGUUCGCUCUGGGGGUGCACACUACCAGGGCAGGGUCACUGGUGACAUCUGACAGCAAGGUGGUACGAGACGUGUACUACAGCAGGUACCCCACCAAGGGCCCCAGCUACGGCCACGAUGAGAGCAGAGGUCAGAUGAUGGAUUCUGUCAUAUAGAGCUUCUACCGAGAGAUCCAGCAGA